GGGCUGCUGUGACGCGCGUGCGUCGCUGCGCGGACGUCAGUCGGGCCCACGAGAACCGAGACGAUGCUGCGCGCGGCGGCUCCCGGGCGGCUCCGGCUGGCGGUCUCCUUGCUCCGGUUUCAGAGCACUCUGGUAAUAGCGGAGCAUUCAAAUGAUUCCUUAGCACCGAUUACCUUAAAUGCCAUCACCGCAGCCACGCGUCUUGGAGGUGAAGUGUCUUGCUUAGUGGCCGGAACCAAGUGUGACAAGAACCUGUUGCCCAGAGUAGCAGCUAAACUUGAUGUUGCCCCAAUUUCUGAUAUCAUUGCAAUCAAGUCACCUGACACAUUUGUAAGAACUAUUUAUGCAGGCAAUGCGCUGUGCACCGUGAAGUGUGACGAGAAAGUGAAGGUGUUCUCCGUCCGAGGAACAUCUUUUGAAGCUGCAGCGGCGAGUGGAGGCAGUGCUGGCUCAGAGAAGGUCUCAAGCCCUUCACCGGUGGGAGCGUCCGAGUGGCUGGACCAGAAGUUAACUAAGAGUGACCGGCCAGAGCUCACAGGUGCCAAAGUGGUGGUGUCCGGAGGUCGGGGUUUGAAGAGUGGAGAGAAUUUUAAGUUGUUAUAUGACUUGGCAGAUCAGCUACAUGCUGCAGUUGGAGCCUCCCGUGCUGCUGUGGAUGCUGGCUUUGUCCCCAAUGACAUGCAAGUCGGUCAGACAGGAAAAAUAGUAGCACCUGAACUUUAUAUUGCUGUUGGGAUUUCUGGAGCCAUCCAACAUUUGGCUGGAAUGAAAGACAGCAAGACAAUUGUGGCUAUUAACAAAGACCCAGAAGCUCCAAUUUUCCAAGUGGCAGAUUAUGGCAUAGUGGCAGAUCUGUUUAAGAAAUCCUCGUGGCGGGAGUCAGGCCUGCCCCUGAGGAGGCCGCCACGCCCCUGGGACGUCCUCAUAGCUCUGUCGGCAGACGGUCUUCCUCUGCCGCGGUCUUACAGCACAGGCUGCUGCCCCUGA